UUAUGGCUUCUUCUUCUCCACAUCGAACAAGACGUUCACCUUCACCUCAUCGUUCUUCCAGAAGACGCUCACCUUCACCUCAUCGUUCUUCCAGAAGACGCUCACCUUCGCCUCAUCGGUCCUCAAGAAGACGUUCACCUUCACCUCGUCGAUCCUCUAAAAGAUCACCUUCGCCAACACGUAAAAGACGUCAUGCAUCUCGAUCGGUAAGUAGAGAAAGAUCGCAUACGAAAAGUCGACGUCGCUCAAGGAGUUCUUCUCAAAGCCAUAAAAGCCGUCGACGAUCCCCAUCCUCUUCCUCAUCCUCUAGUUCUGAAGACGACAGAAGAAAGCGAAGAGAGCAUAAGAAGCAUAAGAAGGAAAAAAAGCACAAGAAAUCCAAGAAAAAGUCCAAGAAAUCAAGUAAAUUAUCAGCCGUAGGCGAUCAAUGGGGAAAAUAUGGAAUUAUUCAUGAUGCAGAUAUCUUUUCAAAGGAAGCAGAAUUCCAAGCUUGGUUAAUCGAAGUCAAGAAUGCCAAUGUAGAAAUCCUUAGUAAUAUUAAACGAAAAGAAAUGUUUUCGGAUUUCAUGGAGGAUUACAAUACCGCUACCAUGCCUCAUGAAAAGUUUUAUAGUCUUCAUAAAUGGGAAAGACGUCAAGAAGCAUUAAGAAUGGGCGAAAAACCCAUGAUCUCGGGUGAAGCUUUUGAUUUUAGAAACGAUGAAGAAAAAUUAAGAAUGCAACAUCGUCAAGCAGCAAGAGCAGUAGCAUCCCGUCAACCUACAUUACAAUUAUCCCAGGAUCAAAUCAAGGAACUCGUAAGAGUCAACAGAGAACGUGUGGAAGCAGACAGAAUGCGUAAAAUGGGUUUAAAACCAAAAGAAAGUAUGGGUGUCAGAUACGAAGAGGAAGAACAAUAAAUUUAGUUGUGGAUCUAUUUCUUUUGUUAUUUAUUGGAAUAAAAAAAAAAACAGUUUCUUUUUAUCGACUUUAAAAAAA